GUACUAUCACAAAACAAUUAUAGACCGGUAGUCGACACUCCGUUAAAUACUUAUUAUUCCAAUAAAGUACCUAUACGUUCCCCCACGGUCGAAACGAAUGUUAAUCUGUUAUUAAUCAUGACCGGAACCCGAGGGGAAAGUUGAAAAGUUAGUUCAUGUAAGGACGUCCGGGAACAGCAAGUAAUUCUUAAAACUUCGACUACGUCUCGUUUUCUCCCGGUCACACUUGGCAGAAGAGCAAUAAAAUGGCAGCUAACGAUAAAAGUAAAAAGUUUUCACGAUGGUAUUUCGGUGGUAUUGGUUCGGCUGGUGCUGCAUGUUGUACACAUCCAUUGGACUUACUCAAGGUACAUUUACAAACACAACAAGAAGGUAAACUGUCUGUCAGUCGUUUGGCAAUGAAAAUCAUCAGAGAACAAGGGGUAUUCUCACUUUACACAGGUAUUUCAGCGUCAUUGUGUCGACAACUGUCAUAUUCAACUGUACGAUUUGGAAUAUAUGAGGUUGGAAAACAAGCAAUGACCAACCCUGGUGAAAACAUUCCGUUCUAUAAAACAGUGCUAUUGGCUUCUGCUGCAGGGGCAGCUGGUGGGUUUGUUGGAACCCCAGCUGAUAUGAUUAAUGUGCGAAUGCAGAAUGACGUAAAGUUACCACUGGAAAAACGUAGAAAUUACAAGCAUGCUUUUGAUGGUUUUUUACGUGUUUGGCGAGAAGAAGGGUUUACCAGAUUGUUUUCGGGCGCAUCAACAGCUACAAUGCGUGCUGUUUUAAUGACUGUUGGACAGUUAUCAUUCUAUGAUCAAGUGAAACAAUUAUUGUUAUCAUCUGGACAUUUUGAUGACAACUCUACUACACACUUUUUAUCUAGUCUUACUGCUGGCGCUGUUGCAACAACCCUUACUCAACCAUUGGAUGUGCUAAAAACUCGGGCAAUGAAUGCCAAGCCAGGCGAAUUUUCAGGUACACUUGAUUUAGUUAGAUACACUGCAAAGCUUGGACCAAUGGGAUUCUUUAAGGGUUACGUUCCAGCAUUUGUGAGAUUAGCUCCUCAAACAAUUCUUACAUUUGUCUUCUUGGAACAAUUACGAUUGAACUUUGGUUACUAUAAAGCAUAAUAAAUUGCAAUGGGAAAAACGUAGUAACAUGCAAUAUUUUCGUUAAGUUUUUUAUGCUAUUGACAAAACAUUUUAUUUAUUCAUUCUUCAAUGAUACUUUACAAGCAAUAAUUACUAGGUAUGAAUAUUGUUUUUAAAAAUCAAUGCUGAACAAAUUCUAAUAUGAGUAUUUUGGAGGGGGUUGGCUAAUUAUUAACAUAUUUUUUUUAAGUACUAAACAGUGUUCAUUAUUAUAUUUUUAAUACCUCAUAAAUUAAAAAAAAAUUAGAUACACUUAGAUAACUUAUGGACUUUGCAACCAAAGCAAUAAGUUUUGCAACAAAAUCAAAAUGUUUGUUUAUACAUAUUAUUAUGAUAACAACAUACCAAAAUUGUGGUAUUUUGAUUUGUUUAAUAGGAAUUGAUUUUCUUAAACUUUAAUAACUUAUUAAACAAAUUAAUAAUCAUUUCUAUUGUAUAUUUGAAGCUAAUCUGCUAUAAUAUGUUUUUCUAAAAUUAGUAUGUUCAUAUUUUGAAUUUACAAAAAUAAUAUUUGAACUUCCAAAAGUUGCCAAAUUUUUAUUUGUUAAUUUAUAUUAACA